AUGACAAUGGGCAUUCAUUUUCCUGGUGUUCUUGCUAAGCAAAUUUUUCGCCAUGCUUCUAGUAAAACAUCCUCUUUAGAUGUUCCAAAAGGAUCCAUACCAGUUUCUGUUGGAGAAGCACAAAGGAAGAGAUUUCUAGGUCCUAUAUCAUACUUGAAUCAGCCUUCAUUUCAAGUUUUGCUUAGCAUGGCUGAAGAAGAGUUCAGUUUUAAUCAUCCAAUGGGUGGUUUGACAGUUCCCUCUUCCUAUUUCUCCAACUCAAAUUUAACUAGUACAUUGUAUCUCCGCGCACUCUCCGAUGAGUUGUUUCUGCUUUCCAAUUCAGCAGAGCAACUUGAUAAAGAGAAGUCCUUAUGA